AUGAAUCACAGCCAUGAAGAAACUACAAAGAAAAUCAGCGUGGUGAACCUUGAUAAGCUUUUGGAUAACUUCUCAGAGAUAGAAAAGAAAAUAUCAGAAAUUAAUGAAGCAAAUAACCUCCUGGUUCUUCAGCUGGAAAAAUGUAACAGAUUGUUAACAUUAAGCCAAUCAAAGGAGGAAUCAGUAAAAGAAGAAUGUACUACUCUACAGAACGUGAUAAAGGGUCUAACACAAACCAUUGAAAACCAGUGUAACAUGAAAGAUGAAAAUGAUAGACUGAAGGGUACCAUUCACAUCUUGGAAGAGAAACUAAAGGCUUGUGAACAGGAAUAUAAAGAUCAGAUUGAGAAACUUAUGGUAGAAAUCAAAAACAAGGAGGAAGACCACAAAUUAGAAAUAACACAGUUGAAUUGCGAUAUAAGAGAAAAAUUUGAAAUAAAAGAAGCGGAGUAUAGAGAACAGAGAGAGAGAAAAGAACUGGAAAUAUUAGAGCUCACUAGACAGCUGAAAAUUCAAAAUGAAGAGAAGCAGAAUGAAAUAAUUAAACUGCAGAUAGAGUUCAACGCUAAAUUAGCAAGAGUUCAGAAUAAAACAACGAACGCGUUUUCAGAGGCCUCUGUCUUGCCACAAAGUAUCUAUCGAAGGAAGCUGCAGCAUCUCCAGGAGGAGAAAAACAAGGAAAUUGAAAUUCUCCGAAACACCAUAAGAGACCUAGAGCAACGUCUUCAUAAAGGCCAAGACCCGCACUUCAAACGGAGGCGGUUUUGAGUAAAUGACGUGAAGUAUUUCAGUGGUACAUACAAGGAGAAAUAGAAACAGUGUAUUUCAAACUGUGCCCCUGAAAGUAAAAAGAAGACACGAAGAAAUACAGAAUAUUUUUUAUUGAAGACGCUCUUGCCAAAUAUUCCAAAGACAUGCCUUCUGUGUAUAUUCACGGCUACUUUCUUGCUAAUCAGCAUUCACAAUAAGAAGAUUCAGGUUUCGUAGGAGUAAUAAUUUCCCUAUUAAACCAUCAUUAAUUAUCGUGUACGCUUUCAAAGCAGUUUUCCUUCCAUGAAUAUUCUCUUCUUCAUCCAGGAAUCCUUCCAACAACGGUAUUUUUACUUCAACUCGGUUAAUCAAAAGUUAGGAAUGCUAAGCUACAGACAGCUAACACAAGUGUAAGUGGUAUACAACCUCACUAAUCAAUACCGAUUUAUCAAAUGCAGCUCUGUUAUAAACAAAGAUAAACAUUAAACCCAAGACUGAAUUUGUUCUGCCCCUCCCUCGUUCUGAUACUGGUGCUGAUUCUGCAUGAAGAGUUUUUAACGCUGCUUCUCACUUUAGGCACGAUCUUACUGAUUGAGCGGGGUUUUACAAGCUGUAGUCGAAUGUAUUAAUGGACCCUGAUACCGUAUCUAAGCCAUAAAAGUUAAGCAUAUAAAUCUGUUACAUGAAAAUAAUGCAAUUACUGCUUAUAUCUUACAUUUGAGAUAAAAAGUUAUUUUGGCACGUUGCUUAGGAGUAAGCUUUUCUUGUACCUAAUUUGUAUCCCCAGGUUAGAAAAAAAACCAACCCACCAACCAACUUUUGAAUAUAUUCCACCUUCUUAAUAAAAAAACGAUUAAAAUAUCUCUUUUGGUUAUCUUCUA